GGAAAGGUUCUGUUCUUGUUCGGUCGAUGUUAUCGCGAGAUUUCUGGGCUUUAUAAAACCUCCUGAUAGCGCACUCGAGCCCGCACGUUCGCUUCUGACAGUUGGUGUGGCGUGAUCGCUAAGAGUAAGGACAAACAUGGCAGCAGGAAAGGCAAAGAUUGGAAGCCUGGCCCCAGACUUUACAGCUAAGGCUGUGAUGCCUGACGGCCAGUUCAAAGACCUGAAGCUGUCAGAUUAUAGAGGAAAGUAUGUCGUUUUUUUCUUCUAUCCUCUGGACUUCACCUUUGUGUGUCCCACUGAGAUCAUCGCCUUCAGCGACGCUGCUGACGACUUCAGGAAGAUUGGCUGUGAAGUCAUCGCUGCCUCUGUGGACUCUCACUUUUCUCAUUUUGCAUGGACAAACACACCACGGAAACAAGGCGGUCUGGGUUCAAUGAAGAUCCCCCUGGUGUCUGACACGCGCCGCACCAUUUCCACAGAUUAUGGGGUCCUGAAAGAAGAUGAAGGCAUUGCUUACAGAGGUUUAUUCAUCAUUGACGAUAAGGGCGUCCUGAGACAGAUCACCAUCAACGACCUGCCAGUUGGACGCUCGGUUGAAGAGACUCUGCGUUUGGUUCAAGCGUUUCAGUUCACUGACGAGCAUGGAGAAGUCUGUCCAGCUGGCUGGAAACCAGGUAGUGACACCAUCAAGCCUGACGUCCAGAAGAGCAAAGACUUUUUCUCCAAACAGUAAUAAAGCUACGACUCAAGUCUGCUGUAGGAGCUGUAUUUUGAAAUAGUAUUUAGCACAAUGUGUAAGUGUCCACUGUUCCUGUUUUGGAAUGCUCUCCUGUCCAUGUGGUGAACAUUGUACUUGGACCAAUUUCUUACUGUUGUUACAAAGAUUCCUACAACCAUUGUUCUUGAAAUGGAACCAGAUGACCUGUUCUCACGGUUUCUUUUUUUUUUUUUUACUGUAAGCAUCUAAAUAAAGAAAAAAUGGACUCCUUUUUAAGGACUUUUGCUCACUAAAAAAUAAAGGUGAAAAUGCCAAUAAUGUUGUGAACAAUGUACUUUAAAUGCCCACGUAGUGCACAGAAAACUGCAGUAAAAAAGUAUCAAACUG